UCGCGUUCGGCUGCAGAUCGGAACUAUCACUUGGAUCCUAUACGCAAGGCGAAGAAUUUGCUGGUUGUGCCUUCGAGAACGCGUUUUCAUUGGAUCGAAAUUAGAUUUACUGAAAUGUUGCCCUUUCGAUGGGGCAUGCUGAUUGGUGUGGUGCUUCUCAUAGCAUACACAAAUGGAGCGGCCAUAGAUCAAUCAUCUGUUGAUGAUGAUGCUGAGCUGACUCCCCUGACUGAUUUAGAGAGAACCAAAAGAUAUGUUCGGGGACAAACACAGUCUCAGUACUUAAACUUCGGUAAGCCCGAAGAGGAUGGCAAGGCGGAGGCUGAAGCUAAUGAAAAUGGGUCUCGUUCAACUGUUUCUGGAAGUCAUGGCAUGGGACAAGCACAGAGUCAGUUUUCUUCAGGAGAUUGCAGUGAAUGUUCUGGAUAUCCCAGUGCCAGUGGCAUAGCAGGUACUGGCGGCUCAUCUCUAUAUCCGAGUGGUCCUGGCCUCUCUGGUAGACCCGAUGCUAUCAUAAGUCUUCCUGGCACUGGAACCGGCUAUGGACAACAACCAGGCGGUAUUGGAACUCAGCCCGGAUAUGGACAAACUGGUGGUCAAACCGGUAGCGCUGGACAACCCGGUGUUGGUAGUCCGUCCGGAAUUGGUGGACAACCCGGCAUCGGCGGCCAACCUGGACCUGGAGGACAACUUGGUGGUGCAGGCACCCAGCAAAUUGGAAUCGGUGGAGGAGCUGCUGGAGGUCAACCAAGUGGCCAACCUGGUGUAGGAGGUACAGUUAGCCAACCUGGAACACAAUCAGGAACAGGUCAGCCAGGAGGGCCACCUGGCUAUGGAACCCAAGGAGGAAGUGGACAACCUGGAUACGGAACGCAACCAGGAGUCAGCGGUCAACCUGGAGUGGAAGGUACUACUGGUUAUGGCACUCAACCGGGAUCAAGUACAGGUCAGCCUGGAUAUGGAUCUCAGCCAGGAGUAAGUGGACAGCCUGGCGUAGGAACUCAACCUGGUUCAAUCGCCGGCCAACCUGGUUAUGGAGCUCAGCCAGGAGUUGGUGGUACUGGUGUUGCUGGAACUCAACCGGGAGCAGGAGCAGGUCAGCCAGGAUAUGGAACUCAGCCAGGAGUAAGUGGACAGCCUGGAGUAAGUGGUACCGGUGGAUACGGAACUCAACCUGGAUCAGGUUCAGGUCAGCCUGGAUAUGGAACUCAGCCUGGUGUAGGAGGUACCGGUGGUUAUGGAACUCAACCUGGAUCAGGCUCAGGUCAACCUGGUUAUGGAACUCAACCAGGAGUUGGUGGUACUGCUGGCUAUGGAACUCAACCUGGAUCAGGAGCAGGUCAACCUGGUUAUGGAACUCAGCCUGGAUCAGGAGCAGGCCAACCUGGUUAUGGAACUCAACCAGGAGUAAGUGGUACUGCCGGUUAUGGAACUCAACCUGGAUCAGGCGCAAGUCAGCCAGGUUAUGGAGCUCAGCCAGGAGUUAGUGGUACUGCUGGUUAUGGAACUCAACCUGGAUCAGGCGCAGGCCAACCUAGUUAUGGAACUCAACCUGGAGUAGGUGGUACUGCUGGUUAUGGAACUCAACCUGGAUCAGGAGCAGGUCAACCUGGUUAUGGAACUCAGCCUGGAUCAGGAGCAGGCCAACCUGGUUAUGGAACUCAACCAGGAGUAAGUGGUACUGCCGGUUAUGGAACUCAACCUGGAUCAGGCGCAGGUCAGCCCGGUUAUGGAACUCAACCAGGAGUUAGUGGUACUGCUGGUUAUGGAACUCAACCUGAAUCAGGAGCAGGUCAACUUGGUUAUGGAACUCAGCCUGCAUCAGGAGCAGGCCAACCUGGUUAUGGAACUCAACCAGGUGUAAGUGGUACUGCCGGUUAUGGAACUCAACCUGGAUCAGGCGCAGGUCAGCCCGGUUAUGGAACUCAGCCAGGAGUUGGUGGUACUGCUGGUUAUGGAACUCAACCUGGAUCAGGAGCAGGUCAACCUGGUUAUGGAACUCAGCCAGGAUCAGGCGCAGGCCAACCUGGAUACGGUGCUCAAACCGGUACCGGCGGAUAUUCUGGAACUCGUGGAGAUCAACCUGCCACAGGACCUGCAUAUGGAAGUCAACCUGGAUUUGGGGGGCAACCUGGCUAUGGAACUCAGCCAGGAACCGCUGGCCAGCCUGGAAUCAGUGGAGUUCAACCAGGAACAGGAGUAGGACAACCAGGGUAUGGAACUCAACCUGGUGUUAGUGGACAGCCUGGAAUUGGCGGAGGUCAACCCGGAACAGGGGUAGGACAACCUGGUUAUGGAACUCAACCUGGUGUUAGUGGACAGCCUGGAAUUGGAGGCGGUCAACCAGGAUUAGUUUACCCUGGUUAUGGAACUCAACCCAGUAGUGGUGGACAGCCUGGAAUUGGAGGAGGCCAACCAGGAUUAGUUUACCCUGGAUAUGGAACUCAACCCGGUAGUGGUGGACAGCCUGGAAUUGGAGGAGGUCAACCAGGAACAGGGGUAGGACAACCUGGUUAUGGAACUCAACCUGGUGUUAGUGGACAGCCUGGAAUUGGAGGCGGUCAACCAGGAUUAGUUUACCCUGGUUAUGGAACUCAACCCGGUAGUGGUGGACAGCCUGGAAUUGGAGGAGGUCAACCAGGAACCGGGGUAGGACAACCUGGUUAUGGAACUCAACCUGGUGUAAGUGGACAGCCUGGAAUUGGAGGCGGUCAACCAGGAUUAGUUUACCCUGGUUAUGGAACUCAACCCGGUACUGGUGGACAGCCUGGAAUUGGCGGAGGUCAACCCGGAACUGGAGUAGGACAGCAAGGUUAUGGAACUCAACCCGGUAUUAGUGGGCAGCCUGGAAUUGGCGGAGGUCAACCAGGAACUGGAGUAGGACAGCCUGGAUAUGGAACUCAACCUGGUGGACAGCCUGGUUAUGGAACACAACCCGGUGUUGGUGGACAGUCAGUUAUUGGGGGAGGUCAACCAGGAACUGGACAAAGACAGCCUGGUUAUGGAACUCAACCCGGUAUUGGUGGACAGCCUGGAAUUGGUGGAGGUCAACCAGGAACAGGAGUAGGACAGCCUGGUUAUGGAACUCAACCCGGUGUUGGUGGACAGCCUGGAAUUGGCGGAGGUCAACCAGGAACUGGACAAGGACAGCCUGGUUAUGGAACACAACCUGGGGUUGGUGGACAGCCUGGAAUUGGCGGAAGUCAACCCGGAACUGGAGUAGGACAGCAACGUUAUGGAACUCAGCCCGGUAUUGGUGGACAGCCUGGAAUUGGCGGAGGUCAACCAGGCACUGGAGUAGGACAGCCUGGUUAUGGAACUCAACCCGGUGGACAGCCUGGUUAUGGAACACAACCCGGUGGACAGCCUGGUUAUGGAACACAACCCGGUAUUGGUGGACAGCCAGGUAUUGGGGGAGGUCAAACAGGAACUGGACAAGGACAGCCUGGAUAUGGAACUCAACCUGGUGUUGGUGGACAGCCUGGAAUUGGUGGAGGUCAACCAGGAACGGGAGUAGGACAGCCUGGUUAUGGAACUCAACCCGGCGUUGGUGGACAGCCUGGAAUUGGCGGAGGUCAACCAGGAACUGGACAAGGACAGCCUGGUUAUGGAACACAACCUGGUGUUGGUGGACAGCCUGGAAUUGGCGGAGGUCAACCCGGAACUGGAGUUGGACAGCCUGGUUAUAGUACUCAACCCGGUAUUGGUGGACAGCCUGGAUAUGGAAUUCAACCUGGUGUUGGUGGACAAUCUGGAAUUGGCGGAGGUCAACCCGGAACUGGAGUUGGACAGCCUGGUUAUGGUACUCAACCCAGUAUUGGUGGACAGCCUGGAAUUGGUGGAGGUCAAUCAGGAACAGGAGUAGGACAGCAAGGUUAUGGAACUCAACCCGGUAUUGGUGGACAGCCUGGAAUUGGCGGAGGUCAACCCGGAACUGGAGUUGGACAGCCUGGUUAUGGUACUCAACCCGGUAUUGGUGGACAGCCUGGAUAUGGAAUUCAACCUGGUGUUGGUGGACAACCUGGGAUUGGCGGAGGUCAACCCGGAACUGGAGUUGGACAGCCUGGUUAUGGUACUCAAUCCGGUAUUGCUGGACAGCCUGGAACUGGUGGAGGUCAACCAGGAACAGGAGUAGGACAGCCUGGUUAUGGAACUCAACCCGGCGUUGGUGGACAGCCUGGAAUUGGCGGAGGUCAACCAGGAACUGGACAAGGACAGCCUGGGUAUGGAACACAACCUAGUGUUGGUGGACAGCCUGGAAUUGGCGGAGGUCAACCCGGAACUGGAGUAGGACAGCCAGGUUAUGGAACUCAGCCUGGUAUUGCAGGAGUACAACCUGGAGGUGGCAUAGGACAACCAGGGGUUGGGGGUAGCCAAAUUGGAGCUCCUGGACGUUACACAACUGGUCCUGGAGUUGGUUUACCUUCUAUUAAUGGCGUUGGUACCCCUGGUGGUGCAGGAUAUAGCGGAGCGACUGGUCUUCUUCCAAGCGGAGCGUCUGGUUCUGGUGGAGUGGAUGACGCUUUCUCACAGGCCGAGUCAGUAAUUGGAGAUGGUCAAGCAUCGGCCAGUGCACAAGGCAAGAAGAAUGGAGGUACAGCCAAUACGCAAGUGUCUGGCACCUACUCGAAGGGAAGUUCGUUCAGUGCAAACGCAAUGACUUCCGAUGGCGAUCGUUCAGCCAGCGCACAAGUUACAGGAAACGCUGAUGGGGCAAUGAGUCAGUCACAAGGCUCAGGAGGUCCUUCACAAUCACAAGCUCAAGUCCAACUUAAUAACAAGGAUGGAGGUACCAAAGCGUCUUCUCAGAGCGGAGGUCUCAUACACCAAAGCCAGAGCGAAGUGCAGGCCAACGAUAAGGGCGGAUUAGCUGAUGCUCAAUCCAGUGGACCUGGUCAAACUUCUUCGCAGGCGCAAAUCGGUUUCCGACCAGGUCAGGAUAACAACGGAGCAGCUGCCCAGGGUGGUGGCCAAGCAUCAGCACAAUCGGGUGCUCACUCUGGACAGAGUCAAUCGCAAAUACACGGCACGUCUAGCUUUGGUGUAUCAUACCAUGGUGCUGCUCAAUCUGCAUCAGGCACAAAAGAACAGGUUGCCACUUAUCGCGAGCAGAAUAGAGAGCUUUUCAAUACAAUCAGCCAGUUUGGCAACCCUGGCACUGCUGUGACCGAUCGCGUUGACGCCGUCUACAGUGGCCCAUCGCUUACAUCGGAAUCCGAUAGGAUUCCCGAACUACAGCUAAAAUCCACUAAAACGAGCAAGGAACAAGAUGACAAGACCAGUCAGCCCGAGCCUUCUUUAACGGAGAACGAAGAAGUAGAUGAAGGUGAGCUGCCCGAAGAUGAAUACGAUGAAGAUGACUACUACACUGAGCCUGCUAAGCCGAUUAAGCUGGAAGACUAUCCCGCAUCUGCUAGUCAAACGAAGGAUCAGCAGCCAGCUCCAUCAGCAUUAGCUCCAGCACCAACUUUAACCUAUUCUCAAUCCUCGCCCACACAAAAGCAACAGGCGGCUGUGCCGAAUUCGCCUACAGACGCAUACAAAGUGAUUCAGAAUCAAAAUGGUCGAGUCAACACUUAUCCCACCCGUACCACCACCGAAACGGUUCCAAGCGGCUUCCGAGGUACCGUUAACGUAGAGAAAAAGUUUCACACAAAAGCUUUAGAGUUGCAUAAGCCUAAGAAGGUUAACAUCAGUCUCGAGGAGGAGGAUGCCAAGCCAACUGAUGUUGUAGCCCAAAAGCCACGCGCCCCCGACAGUUAUGUAACUGUCACCAAGUCGGUGACUGGCAGCAUGGAUAACUCAAAGAAUCCGCCUCAGGAGAAUAAAAACUUCCAGUCCACAUAUUACACAAAGUCGUCGACGUGCGGCUAUUUCACAUUCUCUUGCAACAUUGUCUAUGGCGCCAAUGGACGCAGUAAGAUCUGUCGGCCUAAGGCGCCGGCGAACAGCAAGUGCUAGGAGUUCCGGAGAGGACUCAACACUUAAACAGUUAAAGUUAAUCACUAACCUGCUUU